GCGGCGCGGGGCCGCGCCCGCGCUCCCGGCUCUCCUCCCUCUGGCUUCCUCCCACACUAGCGCGGCUCGCGUCGCCGUGCGCCGGUUGCCCUUCGGCCUGGGUGGUGACGGCCGCCCACCGCCCCGCGCUAUGCGGCUCCUCGGCUGGUGGCAGGUAUCGCUUUGGCUGUUGGGGCUUCCGGCCCGCGGCCUGGAGGUUGCAGAGGAAAAUGGUCACAUAUGGUCAGAGGAGCAACCGGCUUCCCAUCUCCAGGUGGGGGCUGUGUACCUGAGUGAGGAGGAGCCCCCACACGACCCUACGGGCCAGGAGAGGGCUGCAGAAGAGGCUGAUGCUGUGCUGGGACUGGACACCAGUGGAGACCCCAUGGUGGUGCUGUCUGUGAUUCCUGGGGAAGCUGAAGACAAACGGAGCUCGGAGCCCAGCAGUGGCACCUGUGGUGCUGGUGGGGAGGAAGACUCGAGGUGCAGCGUCCGAGAGAGCCUCUUUUCUCUGGACAGUGGUGGGGCAAACUUCCCCGAAAGAGAAGAGGAAUACUAUGCUGAGCCAGAGGUGGCAGAAUCUGACCCUGCACCGGCAGAGGACUCCAAUAACACUGAGAGUCUGAAGUCCCCAAAGGUGAACUGUGAGGAGAGAAAUGUGACAGGGCUGGAAAAUUUUACUCUGAAAAUUUUAAAUAUGUCCCAGGACCUUAUGGAUUUUCUAAACCCAAACGGUAGUGACUGCACCCUGGUACUGUUCUACACUCCAUGGUGCCGAUUUUCUGCCAGUUUGGCCCCUCAUUUUAAUUCUCUGCCCCGGGCGUUUCCAGCUCUUCACUUUUUGGCACUGGAUGCGUCUCAGCACAGCAGCCUUUCUACUAGGUUUGGCACCGUAGCUGUUCCUAACAUUUUGUUAUUUCAAGGAGCUAAACCAAUGGCGAGAUUUAAUCAUACAGAUCGAACACUGGAAACACUUAAAAUCUUCAUUUUUAAUCAGACAGGUAUAGAAGCCAAGAAAAAUGUGGUGGUAACUCAAGCUGACCAAAUAGGUCCUCUUCCCAGCACUUUGAUAAAAAGUGUGGACUGGUUGCUUGUAUUUUCCUUAUUCUUUUUAAUUAGUUUUAUUAUGUAUGCUACCAUUAGAACUGAGAGUAUUCGGUGGCUAAUUCCAGGACAAGAGCAGGAACAUGCAGAAUAGUGACGGACUGAAAAAAGUUGAAAAGAGGAGGAAUUUCAGCCCUUCAUUUCAAAAAUUAGUGCUGCAAUCGCAUACAUUUUCUCCAGUGAAGUCUGGCUUGCAACUUCAGUCAAGUUAAAAGAAUCAUGCAGUUGAACAACUGAAUGGGUAAAAGAAUUAUAAACUGGUGUUUUAACUAGUUUUGGAAUAAGCAGAUGCAAAUAUACUCAUUAGAACUCACUGUUCCUGUUUUUAUUACUUGAAUAUAAUCCAAUAUUUUAAGAAUAAUUCAGUUUGAAAUGUGAAGACAUAUUAUGGUAGAAUAGUAAGUAGAAUGCCAUCGUGAUUCCUGUGUACAAGGCAGAAAGAGAAAACUCUUGGUUCCUUGUGUAUGUCUAAAGUUGGUUUUCUCUUUGCAGUUUCUCUUCCAGAGUUGAUUAAGCAGGAGCAUGUUUUGUUUUUGGAAGAAUAAUUAGAAUUGAUAAGUGUAACUCUAAAACAGCAACUGAUGGAAAAUAAAAAAGUCAAAUACC